AUCUUCACUCUACAGUUCGCGCUGUGAUCAGUUUCACAGUCUAGUCGCGAAUGCGGAGUAGACUACCAGUAAACAGCUGUGACCAGAUCACAAACUGACGAAGUGAUAAAGCAGUCCGUUCAUUUUGCAAAUUUCAGUUCACGUCGUUGGUUUAUGCUUUCUCUCUCUCGCUGCCUUUCUCCAUCUCUCUGCUGUCGCGACGAUGAAUAGUGACGAGAAUCUGCGUAGAGACUUUGACAGUCUCUACCUAAGAGCGCGCUCGUUGGGUCUAACUGCUGAGGAAAUUUGUCAAAUACGGAACGUUCAGAAUAUCGAUGAGUGGAAAAGAAGCAAAUGGCGAGUUGCGCUCUAUCUGAGUUUUGCCAUGCUUGUAGCAGCAGUAGCGGUUGGUAUCAAGGCAGCAACGAACACCGACGCACGCUGGUUUGCGCUAAGGAUGGGAUACGGUCAGGAGGACCAGUGCCUCGUGGAAAACUACGAACCAAUCGCGGACGCAAUGCGCCCUGUCGUUGACUGUGGCAUAUGCCGGGACGUAUCCAGUGUGGACAGGGUGACCAACCUAACCCAUGAAGUUUUUAUGCAGAAGUAUGCGUUCACUGGUCGGCCUGUCGUCGUCACGGACGGCAUGAACGGCUGGACCGCCCCAGAAAAGUUCAGCUUCACCUUCUUCAAGACGCUCUACAAACCUGACAGUCCAAACGUGGUGGGGGAGGGUGGAGAUGAAUGCCAGUUCUUCCCCUACCGCACCAGCUUCGAAACGCUCGGGGAGGUUUUCAAGAUGCCAAAGGAGAUGAGAGAUGGUGUCACGGGCAAACCUUGGUACAUUGGCUGGAGUAACUGUGACCCCGCCGUGGGUAACGUCCUGCGAAAACAUUACAAGAAGCCGUACUUCCUACCUGAGGAUGUGGAGUCCAGCAAGACGGACUGGAUAUUCAUGGGAAGUCCCAACUACGGAGCUCAUAUGCAUAUUGAUGCAGUGGGUAGGGUGUCAUGGCAAGCCCAAGUGAUAGGCACCAAAGUCUGGAAGCUGGUUCCGCCACCGGAGUGCUGGUAUGAAUGUCCACACCAGCACGACGUCCUGCUCAACACUGGGGAUAUUCUCGUGGUGGACACGAACAAAUGGUUCCACUCAACACUAAUCCUGAACAACUCCCUGAGUAUCACGAUCGGCUCGGAAUUCGAAUGAACCAACAACAGUCGUCCACUGCCAAGCGAGGGGCCACUUGCGGAUUGCAUUUAAUUCUACUGGCUACGAAGUGUAACGUUUAUUACUACUUACAGAUGCUGCUACACUAUCCUACUCCUCACACAUCUGAUCUAUAUGUGUGCAACAUCCCCUGACCCCAUGCAUCUCUACUCUACUACUGUAUUGGCAGUGAUGAUGAAUGAUAUCAGCAGUCCUGUUUCUUCUUCACUCAUCAUAUCUUUCUUCGCAUGGCCUUGAAAAUCUGUUAUGCCUGCAAAGAAAUCCUAUGUAAAUAGAAUGGUUAUAGAGAAUGCAAUAAUCGUUUGAUUGUGUUAUAAAAAUAGAAUCAUUUUCACGUAGUAUGAAUGAAAUUUCUCUAUUUGUUUUCAUAGCAUAUAUUUUAUGUUAUCCUCCUGCCUCCUUGUUUAGCACAAGUGAAGAAGAAGUGGACCUAUCGGUAGAAUGAAUGAAAUUUGCAGCCGUAGAAGUAGGAAAUACCAUUUUGGUUUCCUGGUUGGUUAGAUCAAUAAAAUACGGAGUGCUAAUUA